AUGACAGAGAGAAACCCAAUAGCAGCAAAUUCAUCAUCACCUGACAGUGAUUUUAGCAACCAGCAAUGGUCUUUUGAACUAUCUGACUACAUGUGUUUCGAUGACAUUGAUUGGCAACAAGUUGAUCCUACCACUUAUAAUCAGUCUUUUGUUUAUCAAGCCAACGGAGUAGCCGGUGGUAGCAGCAACGUUGAGGGGUCUUCUAGUUAUACCAGGGAUACAAAUACUAGAAUGAGUGGAACAGCCCUAACCCAAGGUACAUAUUGGAAGAGUGAAGUGAAGGAGAGAGUUGCAUUCAAAACAAUGACAGAGAUUGAGAUACUUGACGAUGGUUACAGAUGGAGGAAGUAUGGAAAGAAAAUGGUCAAGAACAGCCCUAAUCCAAGGAAUUAUUAUAGGUGUUCAGUGGAGGGAUGUCCGGUGAAAAAGAGAGUUGAGAAAGAUAAGGAUGAUUCGAGAUAUGUGAUCACAACCUAUGAAGGCAUGCACACGCACCCAACUUCUUCAUAGAUAGCUCCAAAAAAAUUGUGUUAUAUAUUAUACUAUGAGGAAGUUUUGAGGUGGUGUAUUUUGAUGGCCAUAGUUUUGCAUGUGCUCUAAAUCUAAUGGUUAUUAGCUAUCCAACAACAAAAUUGGAUUCUCUCUCAUUCGACUUUGUAAUACGGUGAACUGACUUUUAUAUCGAAAUGUCGCGGUUAAGCAUGAGUCGCCACCGACUUUUAUUUUAUCCAAACAAGUUCGGAAAGGCAAAAAGAAACAGAAAAAAACCUUUUUAAGAAAUCUAAGUUCGGGGGGUAAUUUAUGCAAAGGGAAGGUGUAAGGCACCCUUUGCAUCCAUGGUUUUCC